UGACAGGUCUACAUACACUAUGGAUACAUUUUCCUGUUAACCGGUUGAGUAAGCUGAAAUGCUACAGAAUCAGAACGAAAUUGCGCCUGGACUCCACCUUCCCGAAAGAACAACACCAGCCAGUCACCGGAUAACCAAGGCAGCCUAUUUCAAUUCGCUUGGAACCUUGCUCCUCCCAUUCCUAUCCUCAAAAGCGCGAUGCAGACUCGGCACCAGGACGGAGGGUCAAAACAUCAAUUUUAAACCUCAUCGGACCGAAGGUGUUUGCUACUGCCACACCUCACACAUGAUCGGAUGCUGUUUAGCAAACAAUGGUAAAGAAUAACCUACAAUUUGUAAUGGCUUCACUACCACUUGUCAAGGACCGCGAUUAACUUUCUUCGUCGACUACGUGGAUAAAAAAAGAAAACAGAAGUCAGCUCUCAGAAAGCACUAAAGCCUCCGGAGGGGCACUACAGGGUUUCAGCCGGUUCUGUGGGGGGCAGCAUGAUGACACCCUCCCUCUUAGUGCUGCCAUCUCUUCUCCUUCUGUCCUGCACCUAUGUGGAACCACUAUCUGCAGACUGCCCCAAAGACUGCUCCUGCCCAACCCCUGAUUCCAUCUUCUGUUUCCAGCGUCGUGCCCCAGCCAUGCCCUCUGGAGUACCUGCACUCACUAAGAACCUUUACGUAUUCCAGAAUGGCAUCGAGACUUUGAAACAGGAUGACUUCACCACACUGGGUCAUUUGGAGAUGCUGGAUAUGAGCCAGAACAAGCUCUCAGAGCUGCCCGACAGGGUCUUCGGUCCAUUGGCCUCGCUACGCAACCUGGACCUGUCUGCCAACCAGAUCACGCACAUUUCUCAGGAGAGUUUUGCUGGGCUGGACCUCUUAGAAAGGCUGUACCUUUACAGCAACCUAAUCCAAACAAUUCAUCCCCAGGCCUUUGAUGACUUGGAGCAUCUUCUUGAGCUUAAACUGCAGGGGAACCAGCUGACGUCACUGCCUGCCCUAAAGAUGCCUAGCCUGCUGCUGCUGGACCUGCGCUUCAAUAGCCUCCCUGCCUUGGGGCCAGUUGACCUCCAGACUCCCAACCUAGAAUGCCUGAAGUUGGCUGGUCUGGGGUUAACAAAGCUGGAUGAAGACCUGCUGGGUGGCCUGUCCAACCUCCAUGAGCUUGACAUCUCCAGUAACCAUCUGAGCACAUUCCCUCCGGUGCUGCGAGAGGCUGCGGGUUUGAUUCGGCUAAGUCUGGCUUGGAACCCUAUGGGCCCCUUACGCCUGGAGGACUUUGAACAGCUGGGGGAGCUGCAAGAGUUGGACAUUAGUAGCCUCAGCCUGCAGGGGUUCCCUGAUGGCUUCCAGCACCUUUUCCCCAACCUGAGGCGGCUAACUGUGGCUGAGAACCCCUUCAACUGCCUUUGCACACUGGCCUGGUUCCCUGGUUGGCUGCGAAGCCAGCAGGUCACCCUGGGAAGGACAGAAGAGACAAGGUGCCACUUUCCACCACUCAACGCAGGGAAGGUGCUGGAGAGACUGGAGCACAGGGACUUUGGCUGCCCUACUACCACAACCCUAACUCCUAGCACAGUGAAGACCACCAUCCAACCUGUAGUCCCCACCACUCUUCCUAGCACCACACAAGCCAUUCCUAGACCAGCGCCCCCUAAACCCAGUAAAACUCCCUCUGCUGACAGUGACAGCAAAGAGCCCCCACCUCCAGCACCUCCUUCUCCCACUGAUGACCCAAACACCAACCAGAAAUUCCUCCUCUGCCCCUCGAACAUCUGUCUGAAUGGAGGCAUCUGCCUUCUAGAUCAGCAGGGUCACCUGGAGUGCACCUGUCCCACCCACACGUCUGGGGCCUACUGUGAGAACAUCGACGAUGCAUCCCAUCCUGACAACAAUGCAGAGGAGGCUGAUGACAAUGACAUCACUCCUGAAGCAACCGUCAUCCCAGCAGCCUCCCCAGACAUCAGCCCGCGCCUGGUUACGAGCACCUCUAUCCUGUUGGACCUACACCGUUACAUUGAGGCGCGGCCCUACAUUCGUGGCAUACGACUCACAUACCGCAACCUGUCCGGCCCUGACCGCCGACCUAUGCACCUGAACGUGCCAGCCACCUACCCAGAAUAUACCCUGCGUGGCCUGCGUCCCAACUCCACCUACACUGUAUGUGCCAGCCCACUAGGGGAGACCUCUGCCGGAGACAGCACAUGUGUAGAGGCUCACACACCAAGCCAGGUGGCUUCCACCACUGGAGCCCGGGUGGAAGAGCCUCACCUCAGCACCAUGCUAGUGCCAGCCCUGGCCAUCCUGCUACUGCUGGUUCUGAUUGCUGUGGCUGUGGGUGUGGCUUGCUACCUUCGCCAGAAGCGGGCCAAGGGCCACCUAGAUCUGGACUGUGACCCAGCCCAGCUAGAGCUGGAGGGAGUAAACGGGGGUGUGGAGAAUGGGGCACUACCGCAAAAACCGGGUGAACCAGACUUAUCCCCAUCCGUUGUACUGGGACUGAAUGGGGGUCUCGAGUAUGAGAUUCCCCUUAUGCAGGAACACUGCGCUACCAACAAUAUGGCCUCUCUGAAGCCCUCAUACUUCUGACCCUUUGCAAAACUCAGGCUCUGCUGAUGGCCACACCUCUACCUGGGCGAGGACAGCAUCCAUUCAGGGACCAGCUAGCCACGCUCAUAAACAACCAUACAAAGAGGAAUAACAUAUAAGAAAAAAAUAUAAACAUUUAGACCUUUUCCUGUGCAAUACAGUGAAGAUAUGGAGGCUAAUUACAAAUGGGAACAUUUGUUCCCUCAAGUUCCUGUUACACCUCCUCUGGGGUUUGUUUCUGUGAAUGCGCUGCUGGACUGGCACUCUGUUUGGAAAGAGAGAUGUCUCGCACUGGCUUCAGCUCUAUUGCACGGGUCGCAAUUUCACACUUCAACAAGUGAAGCUAGGUAAAAAGUCCAAGUGCCCUUGGGGAUCAGAGGGAAGCCGCGUUUCUUGUGUGGCGCUGAUAAACCCCUGAGUCCCCGCACUGGUAAGUGCCUGUGAGUGGUGUUUAUGUCAUGGAGGUUUUUGGUCUUGGUUGAUCCCUGCCCUCACAGCUGACUGAAACUAUGAGGUAGGCAGUGUUUAACUACGUAGCAGUGCAUGUUGCACCCUAGUGUUGCUCCAGUCUGGAGCUGUGCUACUUGCUGUGAACAACAUCUGAACUAAGUCUCAAAGUAACAAAGACGAGGAUUCUUCCACAGCCAUGACGGCAGAUGCUUUUGAAGGCUGUGUCUGGCUCAAAGGCUAUAUGAAGUCAAAUGUUUUUUUUUGUAC